AUGUCCGCCACACCUUCGCCAACAGUCGCCUCGACGGCCUCCUCCACAUCCGCAUCCGCAUCGCCUUCCUGCACAACCGCCGUCCCCGGCAAGUACGGCUACGUGCCCAUCGACGCCUGCAACUCCUACUACAACUUCGACCCCGGCUUCGCCCCCGCCGUCGCCACCGCCGCCAUCUUCGGCCUCCUCACCCUCACCCACCUCGUCCAGGCCAUCGUCUACAAGAAGCGCUAUGCCUGGGUCAUCGUCAUGGCCGCCUCCUGGGAAACCCUUGCGUUCGUGCUGCACGCCCUCGGCGCUCACGACCAGCAGAACGCGGCCUAUUCCACGGCCUACACGCUGCUGUUCCUGCUCGCCCCGCUCUGGAUCAACGGCUUCGUCUACAUGUCCUUUGCGCGCACCGUCUAUUGCUACGAGCCCGACCACACCGUAUGGAAGAUCAAGGCCGUCGGCAUGAGCAAGAUCUUUGUCUGGGCCGACGUCGUCACCUUUAUCAUCCAGGCCGCCGGCGGCGUCAUGAUCACGCCCGGCGCCUCGGCCAGCGUCAUCAAGAUCGGCAUCGACAUCUACAUGGCCGGCCUCGGCUGCCAGGAGUUUUGCAUUCUCGUCUUUGUCGGCCUCAUGGUCGUCUUCCAGCGCGACUGCCUGCGCCUGGAGCGCCUCGGCGUCGAGGCGCCCGCCGGCGUCCUGCGCGGCUGGCGCGGCAUGCUCUACACGCUCUACGUCGUCCUGGGCCUCAUCUCCUUCCGCCUCUUUUACCGCAUUGCCGAGUUCGCCGGCGGCAUCCAGCCCUCCAACCCCGUGCCCUUCCACGAGGCCUACGCCUACUUUCUCGACGCCUUCCCCAUGGCCCUGUGCCUCGUCCUCCUCGCCCUCAUGCACCCCGGCCGUCUCCUGCGCGGGCCCAACGCCGACCUCCCCCGCAUCUCGCGCAAGGAGCGCAAGGCCGCCAAGGCCGCCAAGAAGGCCGCGCGGAAGGACGAGAAGGCCCAGCGCAAGGCCGAGAAGCAGCAGCUGGGCACCGGCAAGGGCCACGUCGAGCUGCAGCAGAUGGUGCCACAGGGCCCGCCGCAGCAGGCCUACCAGGGCUACCAGGGCUACCACGAGCAGAACGACAACAGCAGCUCCGAGAGCGUGCACAUUCCUUCUCACUAUGUGUGA